ACGGAAUUUGGUACUUAUUACAAAACAAUAAUAAUAUUCAUAUUUUGUAUUUUUUUACUUGGUUGAAAUUAUUUCUUGAUUUUGAGUUUUUGACAUGUAAAAAUGUUCGUGGAUCUUGAAAAUUUUGUAAAAUAUACUUUACGUCUGCGAUUUAUGAAUAUUUAACAUCAAACACAACUAGUGAACAUACAAAAUGUUUAUUUAUGUUUGUGUUUGUUGUAUAUUUUAUAUAAUUGAUAAUUGUUUUUAAUUGAAUGUAAAUGAUCUAUUACUGUGGCACUAAGGAUCAAGAAUUUAUCAAUAACGAAAACCUUGGUUCACGUUCAUUAGAUAUUAAUUUUAAAAACGAUAUACAAAAUUAUGUUUUGAGAACAAGUACUAAUAUAAAAAUGAAUGAAACAAAAAAAAAACCAUUUAAAAUUCCGGAUCAUAUUUCUUUAAUACAAUGUAAUUAAUAUUUAAUUUUUUAAUUUUAAUUUUGAAUUAAAAUUAUGUACCACUUUUUGGUUUUUAGGCGAAGGAAGUGUCAAAUAUACAUGCACUGUUUGCGAAAAAACAUUUAAGUCAAAAAAGAAUUGUAUCUAUCAUUUGACUUGUAAUGGAGAUGCUGAUGGAACAAAAAAACCAUUGUUAUGUGAGCAAUGUAAUAAAUUGUUUAAAAAACAAUCCCAUUUGGACUAUCAUAUGUUAACGCAUUCAGGUAAACUCCUUGAUAAAUUGUUUUUAAAACGUUUGCUGAGUUUCAGUUUCAUGUACCUUGGUAGGUACCUAAUAUUUAUCAUAGUUUUUCCAAUUAUAAAUAGGUAUUAACAUGUUUUAGUUACCCAAAUUACUUAUUAUGUGUAAACAAGUAUUGAUUUUAAUAAAAUGUGCAUUAUUAGUGGUUCCUUCAGUUUUAUUACCAACAGUCCCUGAUCUAUUUAUAAAGUACUAACCUUUAAUCUAUUGAUAUUUUAUUUAGUAAUUACAAUUUUGAUUUAAAUUUAAAUUAUAGUAUACUUUUAAUUUGAAUUGUAAUUUGUUAUUAUUUUAGGUGAAAGACCAUUUAAAUGUAGCAGUUGUGAUAAAUGUUUUUUCACAAAAUCUAAGAUGAUCGAGCAUAGAAUAGUACAUACAGGUAAGAAAUUGUUAAAAAACAUUUUUAAUAAGUGACAAAAUAUUAUUCUUUUAAAUUUUAUCCUUUUAUGUAUUUAUUUUAGCACGUUCUCAUUUUUGUGCAAUUUGCUCAAAAGGUUUCAAAAGAAAACGAUCAUUGGAAAUUCAUAUGAAAUCACAUGUUGUUGAAAAACCAUUUCAAUGUGCAACAUGUUCCAAAUUUUUUAAAAGCAAACAAUGCUUGAAGAAACAUCACAUUAGGAAACAUUCUGGUAUGCACGGUUAUAAAUAAUAAAUAAUAAUUAUAAUCUUAUACUAUAAAAUAAAUGUUAAUAUUAUUAUUAAAAUAAUUAAUUAUUAUUCAUUUCAGGAACUAAGGCAUUUUCAUGUGAUAUUUGUAAAAGAAAAUUUAGUUUAAAAGAUUCAUUGGUUUCACAUAAAAAGACACACUCAUGUUUAAAUCAAUUUGCAUGCUAUCUAUGCAAUCAACAAUUCAAAGAAAAACGUUAUUUACAAAGGCAUCUUGGAACUCAUAAUAGUAAUAAAUAUAUGAAAUAGUUGAUUUACUAUAUUUUAAAUGAAAUUAUUAACAUAUUAUUUACAUGGAUUUUUGUAGAAAAAAAUAUUUUGAACUGUCCAAUGUGUAUGAAAGAAUUCACUCGUAAAGACAAUUUAGAUAGACAUGUAAGAAACACACAUCUGGAAUCUGAGAAUAUCAACAUAACUGAACAUGUUAUUCGUGCUUCUGUUAUUAAAGUUGUCAACAAAAUUGAAUCAUAUCCUGUUAAAGUGAUUCAACAUACUUAGCCCUGUUCUUACAAUGUUUGAUUAGCGGUAACCCAUAGGUAUAAUUUUUCGCAAAUCAACAAAAUUGUGUCAAUUAAUUUACGGUUAGAGCUAACUGACAAUUUACAGGACAGGUUUAAUAUUUAAUUCACAAUAUAUUAUUAUUUUUAUUUGAUUGCAUUUAAUGGUCUAUGGUCCAAUAUUUAAAGAUAAAAAUAUAUAUAUUAGAUUUAAAAUAGGUAUCAAUGUUAUCUACCUUGGUGCAACACAAUUGGGCAUUUUUAUCUGUUCUGUAUUCAAAAUCCACACAAUGUUUGAGCACUCGAUAUUCUUAAAAAGAUACCACAUUCGGGCAUUCAAAUUCUUGAUAUCGAAUUUGCAUAAUUUUUAAAUAUUGAAUACAUUUCUUUCUUUAUUUUUAAUAUCUUCUUAGUUACCUAUAUAUUUGGUUUUAAGUACAGACUUUUUUAAAAUGUAAUUUAAUUGAUUUUUUCUAUAAAUUUUGAAUGCAGUUUCUGUCUGAAUGUUAAUCAAAAUGGCUACUACAUGGUAUAUCUUCAGGUAUGGAUAAUGAAAUAGUGACUGCGACCUAAUUAUGGUGUAAGAUAAAAAUGAGAAACAUAAAAAUAAAAUACUGGAUAAGACAGAUUCUCAAAAUAUCAUUAUCUAUAUAUCAUACUCUAUUGCAGUCCACUAUAAUAUUUAUUAUCGUAGAAAUUCCCAUUUCACAGCCAUAUUAUAUUAGCACACAUUAGGAAUAUUAUUUGGGCUAGUAAAAGAUUUAUACUUUACAUGUAUACAAAUAUAUACUUAUAUAUAAUAUAUACCUAUAUAAAAUAUUAUCUUUAUUACCUAUAUAGAGUAUGGAAAUUAGUGACUAUAUGGCCCAAACAUGUUGUGACAUCAGAUUAUAAUAAUGCCCCAGCGUAUUAUAAUCUUGUGUUUAAACAAGUCACAAUUUUUAUAAAAUGCCUAUAUGUGUUGUAACCAUGUACCUAUUAUGAGUAAUUAUUAAUUUUAUCUUGUUCACCAAAUUUUUAUCAUUUUUUGUAUUAAAUUUAUUAUUCUAUUAUUGUUUCAAUUGUGAUUUCUGAACUAAGUAACUGAAUUAUUAAUUUUAUAACUGAGUUUUUAUUUUUGAUAACCAUUUUUCAACUACCUAGUAAAUUAGCUUCCUAAGUUUCAUUUUACCUUUUUUGAGAUAUAAACACAAAUAACAAUUUAGUUUGUCUUAAUUAUGUGCCAUAAAGAAAUACUGUACAGAGAACUGAAAAUGUACCAAUUAGUCUUUACUUAAAUGUACCAUAACGUUUUUACUUCUGAGCUAUGACGGCAUUUUUGUAAUGUUAUGAGCACAUACAUUAAUAAAUACAUAUUACUUAAUCAUAUAUAUUUGUGGUUGUAACUGUUGUGAAC